CGCCGCAGUCCUGCGGAGCGCCGAGCGGCCGGCUGCAGAGCGCGGAGGACCGGGGCGGGAAUGACACGAACCCGCCUCCGCGGGGCGCGCGGCGGAGGCUGCUGAGAAGCCCGGCGGCGCGCGGACCCACGGGGCCCUCCUGCCAGGGAUUGAGGAGACCUGAAGAACGCCGAGGAUAGGCUGAUGGGCUCAGGUGACAGGUUCCAGUAUCUCACCAUGAGCACUGAAAAUCCGACGGCAGGAGACUUGGCUCCAGCUCCCCUUGUCACUUGCAAGCUCUGCCUAUGCGAACAGUCCCUGGACAAGAUGACCACACUCCAGGAAUGCCGCUGUCUCUUCUGCACAGCUUGCUUGAAACAAUACUUGCAGCUGGCCAUCCGAGAAGGCUGUGGGUCUCCCAUUGCUUGCCCCGACACAGUGUGCCUGAACCACGGGACCCUGCAGGAAGCGGAGAGUGUUAAUGUCUCAGUUCAAAAGAGCGUGUGUACUGAAACCUCUGUCUUUGUUUUUCAGAAUGACAUUUUCCUCAGACAUUAUGACAAAGGGCCGUGUAGGAAUAAGCUGGGCCACUCGAGAGCCUCGGUGAUGUGGAACCGAACGCAGGUGGUGGGGAUUCUGGUGGGAUUGGGCAUCAUUGCCCUGGUGACUUCACCCUUGCUGCUCCUGGCUUCCCCGUGUAUAAUCUGCUGUGUCUGCAAGUCCUGUCGGGGCAAGAAGAAAAAGCACGACCCAUCCACUACCUAAAGGCCUCCGCUCCUAUCCACGUGCCACAGACGUCUGGGGUUACAAUGAGAAGCACAGUGAUAAAGCCCCACUUAGUGAACUUGCCUCCCCCUUGCCAAACUUUGAAAGUGCCUCUGUGUCCAGACUUUGAACUUGCCUGCCUGCCUUUGGCAACAGAAAAGGCCGAGCCCGUGUGAAGAGAAGGACCCGGGUUCUGCAGUCUCGGCCGUGUCUAGGGAGCAUGUCGGGAAGCUUUGGGAUUGCCGACAAGGAACGAACCCACCGUCAUUUUAUCCUCGGGAAGGAUCCCGCUGGGACUGUUCAAGUUCCAGCCAAAUUCGAGGAGCCCGAGUGAACAUUCAGUAUCGUGGUUGGCAACACACAUUGUAACUGACCAGCUAGAGUCUGUUCUGUGUUGAUCUGACCACCACGAGAAACACGGGAGAAACCCACUCCCCCGCCCCCCAUAGGAUGGAAAGGAUAACACUGUUGAAGGGGAAAUUGUCCUAAGCGCCUCGCAGCAGGCUGCUUAUCUUGGGGAGCGGGUAUGUUGGUUCUGCCUCUGCGGGCUCCUGGGCAUGCUGUUCCAGGCAUUCCCACAGUGACUUGGCAGAAACACAAUAGGUUUCUCCGUGUGUGAUCUCAGCUUCAAGCAGGAGAAACUGCUGUGCAGACAGAGUUGUCCCUUCCAAGUGUUUUACAGGUUGCAGCCUGUAAAACAAUGGGGUCUGAUCGAGUAGCUCUCCCUUGGCAAGUGCAACUUUGGGAAGGUGAUAAAUUCUCCUCCUACAGCCAGUAGCUGUGUUUGACAGGAUUGUUUUAUAUGAAAUACUGGUCGAGUGGCCGAGGUUAAUCUUCAUCAUAGGUAACAGAGAUCUUUCCUGAGCUCUGUGUUCAUGCACCCCCCACAUUUAGAGUUGGACCUAGAAGUACACACCAAGAGUGAGUAUCAAAGUCCAUGUGUACACCAGUCCACGUAAGUUGCUGCCUACCUAGAAUUUCCAUCCACUGGGCAUGCGUGAGUUUAUCCAGUGGUACACGUAAAAUAAAUGUUUCCUCGAAGCCAUUCUCUCUUUCCUUCUGGGACGAAUGUGGUUUAUUAUAAAUCAACCUAAAGGGUUUUCUUUUUGCAUAUUAUAUAUGUAAAUUUCGGUUGCAAGUUCAUAACUUACCCAAAGGUAUAGACUCAUAAACCUAACUCUUUUAAAACAACGCCUAGUGUGAUGUCAUGCCAUCUCCAUUUGUAAAAACACUGAUAAUCCAGUUAUUUACAUCUUUCCAAACACAACUCAGAACAGCUCUCUUCUCAGCAGAGUGUCGUAUUGCUCUUUCAGCAUCUGGUAGGGCAAUCCAAAUACUUUCAGUAUCAGUACAAGGCACUGAUAAAACAACAAAAAAUGUAAGAAAUAAAAUGUAAAUGCUUCAAGUAUCAUAAAUGCUUUGGGUUGGUGUCGCCUUAUUGCGACUUAUUUUUCCUGUUAUCCAUUGGUCAGAUUUUGAAUAAACGGGUUUUGAAAAGACGAUAACUUUUUCUCCAUUGACAGGAUUACAUAAUUGCGAUUAGCCAACGGAGCCUGGUGCUUCAUGAGAAUAUGUAAAAUGCUUGCAGAGAGCCCUCCUUGAAACUAGGGACCCCGCAUCAGGGACUGUCAGAACCCCUCAUACUUUCCUGAGGUAACUGGGUAACUAGGUUAUUACAUUGCUGCUAUCCUGGACCUAUUAUUAAAGAACGAUGCUUUGUUGAUGUAAUGGAAUGUAUCCUAAGUGGGGAUGUGUAUAUUUAAGGAACUUUAGUUCACACGUACAUAUUGAUAUCUGAUUUAUGUAUAGUACAUCUCUUGGUCGCGUACAUUUUUAUUUACCAUGUGUAUAGAACAUAGAUGAGAACUCUGGGAAAACUUUUGAAUGGCAACCAACCAAAAACAUUUUUAAUCAUUUUUUGGAAAUUUCUCAAUAUUAAGUGUCUUUAUUUUCCUUUGAAACUCUGUAAACGCUUCAGAACAAGAAUACCCUCUUCGAUCGAUGUACUUCAUAUUAGUCUAAAGACAAGUGUACAUAUAUUUGAAUAAUUUGCUUUGUCUUAACACUGCCUCAUUAUAGCAAAGGGCAUUUAUAACUGCUCAGGGGAUCACAGGAACUCAGCUGAAUUUGCAUUUUUGUAUCAAGAACGUCUGUCAUGGCAAUGUCCUCCAGCACGAGUGAACUUUCUAAGCUCGAUUCCACAAAGAAUCUUUAAACAGGAGCUGAUUUCGAGUAACCUAACAUCCUAUGAUAUAAGAGGUGGAGCUCCCAAAUUUGGAGUUAAAACAUCCAUACUGUUUCCUUGGCAAAACUGAAGGAACUUGUCUUCUCACAGAGAAACUGUAACAGAAUCAGCUACUUUUUUUCUAGGGGCUAGGGAGUGGGGGGUUGUUUGUGAAACAGAUUUUAAACAACUGGAUUUAAGUUUUUCUGUGUUGAAAAGUGCCUGGAAAAUCGUGACAUCUUCCUUAUAUAGCACAUGAAUUGGCCUGUGUAAGAUUGUCAGAAUCAAGAGGAGCAGGUUGGUGGGUUAGACCGAGAUAUAUCUCUGGUGCAUGAAAGGGCGGGAUGUCAGUCGAGCUAGAAACUUUGUUUGCAAAGGAGAGAGCUGACAACUUCGCUAACAGAGACUGAUGUUUUCAUCUGGGAUAAUUGGCCACUGAGAGAGUUUAACCUGUCUCCUUCCUCUGUCUGUCAGCCCCAUCUUCUCCUAGUGAUUCUCUUUCUGUACUAGGAAGAAACGUGGGUCUAUGUGAUCAUGUUUGGAUGUCGUGGCAAAAAUCAUCGUGUUUGGAGUAAUAUAGCCUAUUUGAAAUAGAAAUCAAUACUCCUUCACCAAAUUGUAAUCUGGAUGUAAUAACCUCCCCCCAUCCAGAAACAUUAACAGAUAGAAGGGCACGACAUCUAGCUGCUGCCCCUUCUGGGAAUUUUUCUCUUGUUAUUGGAUAGGGAGGUGAGGGGGAAAGGCAUAUGGAAGCAAAUUUUAGAGUCGUAGGCAUUCUGUUUGUUCACGCAAUGGGUGUUUGCUCUGGACUUGAAAUCUCUAUUUCGUUAAGGAGGCCUUUGAAAAACAAAUAAUUCACAGUGUGAAUUUUCUUGUAGCCUGCAUCACGAAAACUUUACCUAUCUAGAUUUGAAAAUCUACAUGUUUAUUUGAAUGUAAAUCACUGUUGCUUGGAACGCCAAAUUGUCUCUUAAAAAUUAUUCAGAAUCUAACUAUGUAUUAUUUUACCCUUCUCUACACAGUGCUUGACUUAUUGUUCAUGAAUGGAUGCCUUUAUGUAUAUAGAACUGUGUAUAUAUGUGUAACUCUGAAAACAAUUUCAUAAUGCCUUAGAUGAGUGACAUUUUAUAAAGCUGUCCAAUCGAUAUCUGUAGGCUAUUACAUCUCAUGUUGAUUCAUGAUCCAGAAAGUUUUGUUAUGUAUUUAAGAAAUUGCUGUUGUAUUAUAUUUUUCCGAAUUCUUUGAGGGGAAAAUAGCUGUUUUAGUCUCUGUAGCCCCAAUAAAUGCAGAGCAGGAAAGCAA